AGCCCGAUUGCGAUGCACCCGACCGUCACAGAACACGAUUACCGCUUCCCGCGAAGACCCGAUCCCCAUCGAAGUACCGACCGCAUUUUCGCCCGCAUGGAUUCGCAAGACGGCCAUGUCGCACUUACCAACGGCAAUGCCGCCACCGUCAUGACGAGCGGCCAGACGGCCUCUUCCUCGUCAAAAGACAACAUCCUCAACGCCGCCCUGUUUGACGGCUUCAAAAAGGUGGAGGCCCGCUCGUCUAAUGACAACGAUUUCGACAAGAUGCAGAGCGAAGAUCCGCUAGCUGCCCAGAUCUGGAAGUUCUUCACCAAGACCAAGCAGCAGCUGCCGAACCAGCAGCGAAUGGAGAACUUGACGUGGCGCAUGAUGGCUCUUAACCUGCGCAGGCGUCAGCAGCAACAGCAGCAGCAGAAGAUGCACAACAGAUCUCUUUCUCAGCCAUCUCAUCCGCAAAACGCCCCCAGCGGCAUUGCCCAGCAGCUGCGAAAGACGUCCGACAUCCAUGCGCAGGGCAUGGAUGCCAUGAACCUUGACGACUUCAUCUUCGCCGAAGAGGGAGGCGCUUCCAUCAACGACAACUCACCGCAGCCUCCUGCGUCGUCUCUCUCCGGCCCGCAGACCGCUGCCAUCAAGUCCAGCAAAUCAUCCAAGCCGCUGGCUUCUGCAAUCCCCAUCAAGGGCCGCAAGGGUUCUACCAAUCAAUUCGUCGCGCAGUCCGUCCCUGCGCCGCCACCUCACCAGCGGGGACACAAUGAUGAAUUUCAUUACGUCCCUCGACAUGACAGGAAGACGAGUAUAGACGACCGCCGAACGAGGAAACGGCCUGCCAACUUCUCUCCUCAUGUGAGUGCCAUCAACACAAGCUCAUCUGGCCUCAACCUCGAUUUGGACGACUCGGAGCUCAAUGGAUACUCCCUCGACAACUCCAACGCAAUGCCCAUGCAGCAGCAAAUGGCCAACAACCAAAGCUCGGCCUUUAACUUGGAUGCGUUUAUGGACGGUGAUGUCCUUGGCUCCGGCCACUUCCAAUCCAACUUCUCCUUCUCUCCCUCUACUUCUCCCAUGAUGCACAAUGGACCCUUUCAGUCCAUAUACAACAACGCCACGCUGCAGUCCUCUCUCAACAACCCCGAUUUCUACUCUCCAACUGGUUCGGGCUAUCCGUCUGCCACGUCUACUCCCAUGCCCGACGGUGAUGGCGUCUAUUUUGGCUCCCAGGAUAUGCAGCCACCCCAACACCACCACCGUGCACAGGGCUUCCGACAAAGCUCCUCCAACAUAAGCCAUCACAUGAACCACCAGUUCAUGUACGGUGAUUCCAAUGGUGCGCGUGGCGGCAACGGCAACGGCAACAGCGCUGCCUUUCCUUCUACGAGUUCAAGCUCAGAAGCUGUGCCGGCAUACAGCACCGCCCAAAGCUCUUUUGGGCACAUUGACCCAAGCCAAGUUUUCCAGACGGAUUCGCAGGUCGCGUCUCCUGUAUUACCAAUGCAGCAAGGAAACAUGCUUGGCUUUGGAGGCGAGUCUGAUGAAGACGAUAGCAAUGCCUUUUUAGACCGCGGCGGCGUUGGCCUCCACGGCGAUUUCACGUCCGCCGUCGACGAGGCUGGGUCCUUUGGCUGGGAUGCCUCACUCCCGGGGCAGUUCAGUACCCAAGCUGCUCGCUUUCCCGGUGGCCCACCUCGCAAGCAAGUUCAGAUCGGUGGCAUCACGACUGAUUACGUCGACACCAGUGGCGACUGGGACGGCCACAGCCUGAGCCGAUCACAUUCGCAAUCGCUUGGCCUGGGCAACGACAAGCGACAGAACAGAAUUCCCCGAAACGCAUCCACGCCCUCGCACAUGGCCGCCAAGCACAGCGGGUUCGAGCAAAUCGCCCAGUCCCUCCCCAGCUCUCCGGGUGGCCAUGCCCCAGGAACCGCUUCGGGCUUCUCGUCGGUUGCGCCGAGCAGGCCAACUUCACCGCCCCCCAGCUCCAAGCAUGGCUCAUCGACCAAUCUGCAUGCGGUUAGUGGUAAUCCAGGAGAGAGCAGCACUCCCACCACUUGCACCAACUGCUUCACCCAGACGACUCCGCUGUGGAGACGAAAUCCCGAGGGUCAGCCUCUCUGCAAUGCGUGUGGCCUCUUCCUAAAGCUCCACGGUGUCGUGCGGCCCCUCAGCUUGAAGACAGACGUCAUCAAGAAGCGAAACAGAGGGUCCGGCGCCAACCUCCCUGUCGGAGGAUCAAGGAAGAAGAACUCGGGCACUGGCUCCAAUGCUGCCUCUAGGAAAAACUCAACAUUGUCCAUGUCUGCCGCUGCGCAAGCCGUCGCGGCCGUUGCCGCGUCGACCAAUCAAGUAGUGACGACGCCUCCAUCGGCAACUCGUCCCAGCAGCAACAGAGAGGCCGACAGCCCCAGCAGUAGCGGGCAGCACACCGCAGGCAGCACACCGGGCAGCCAGUACGGAGGAGCCACCAUAGUGGGCGGCAAAGGCGUUGUACCAAUCGCCGCUGCACCACUGAAAACAACACCGGGACCCGGGGCCGGAGCUUCAUCAUCCACGUCCCGGCCGGCCACGGCGUCAUCCAAGAGACAGCGCAGACACAGCAAGAGCGAGGGCACCUCCUCUUCGGCCAUGGAUCUUGACAGCCCUGGAGAACCGGUUGGGCGACAACUCGGCCCGACCCCCAGCAUGCCUUCCAUCUCCAGUGCCAUGAUGUCAAACGGCAACUUCUCCAUGGGCCAACGCUCCAUGAUGGGAUCAAGCAUGGUGAAUUUGGGCGGCGCCCAAUCCAACCUAGUCAACAGCGCCGGCGGCGCGUCGGGUCCUCAGGAAUGGGAGUGGCUGACGAUGAGUCUGUAA